UCGCUUUCAAAGGCUUUACCCUUGUCAUGCCGGCAGUAGCUGUGGGUAACGUGGGCCAGCUGGCUGUGGACCUCAUAGUGUCCACUCUCAACAUGAGCAGAGCGGGAUACAUCCACACGGACUGUCUCAUCCCGAUGGCCGGGAACAACCCAUAUGUCAGCUGCAAGGAGGAUGCUGAGGAGCUUCAUACUCCUGCCGAAGUUUACACAGCAGCAGAACUGAAGCUGGCAGUUCUUCAGAUCAGAGCACCUAUUACUCAGACAAAAUCCAAAAAGUUUCGUCAGCUGCUCGUUUCCUGGAUCAAAGCCAGCGGCUUCUCCAGGACAGUGGUUCUCUCCAGCAGCCAUGCCUACCAGAGAGACGACCAGCAGCUGCAGGGGACUCCUUUGAGGUACCUGGCCACUCCGCCUCUGCAGAAGGUGAGCGCAGACGCUCUGAAGGAGCUCGGCUGGAGGGAGAUGGAGCGAGCGCCGGCCUUUCCUGGAGUACAGGACACCGCUGCAGAACCAAGACUCUGCAUCCCAGGAGGAGGCAUCACCAAAGGACUUUACACAGACAGCUGUGCUGAAGAUCUCCCRCUGGCUGUGCUGCUGCUCUUUUGCUCAGAGGGCGACAACAUCCCGGACGCCUUCACGCUCGUCWAUCAUCUCAACGACUGGCUCCAUCUGCUGGACAAUCCCAGCCAACAAUCUCACAGCAAGUGGAAGAUCCCAACUUCUUGGAGCCUCCUGUUUGGAAGCGGCAUUCCACCUGCACUGUUUUGAAUUAGCUUAAGAAUGCACMGAUGUUUUCCUAUUCAAACAGCUGCAUCACAGCACCAACAUGAUCUUAUUUGGAUAUUACUUGUGCCAAUAUUACAGGAACUGACCAAAACGAGCACUUCUGGAUUACUAUGAUUAAUUAUUUGAACGAUUUCCAAUAAGARAGUCAUGAGAACCUGGCCUGUUGUUUGUUUAAACUAAUAAAGACUUCACUCUACCCUCACUGGA